UUUGAUGACGAUUUAAUGAUCUUUGAUGAUGAAUUUGAUGAUGACUUUGAUGAUGACUUAGAUGAUGACUUUGAUGAUGAUUUUGGUGAUGACUUUCAUAACGAUUUAAUGAUCUUUGAUGAUGACUUAGAUAAUGACUUAGAUGAUGACUUUGAUGAUGACUUUGAUGAUCUUUGAUGAUGACUUUGAUGAUGACUUUGAUGAUGACUUUGAUGAUGACUUUGAUGAUGACUUAGAUAAUGACUUAGAUGAUGACUUAGAUGAUGACUUAGAUGAUGACUUUGAUGAUAACUCUGAUGAUGACUUAGAUGAUGACUUAGAUGAUAACUUUGAUGAUAACUUAGAUAAUGACUUAGAUGAUGACUUAGAUGAUGACUUUGAUGAUGACUUAGAUGAUGACUUUGAUGAUAACUUAGAUGAUGACUUAGAUGAUUACUUUGAUGAUGACUUUGAUGAUGGCUUUGAUGAUAACUCUAAUGAUGACUUAGAUGAUGACUUAGAUGAUGACUUUGAUGAUAACUCUGAUGAUGACUUAGAUGAUGACUUAGAUGAUGACUUUGAUGAUAACUCUGAUGAUGACUUAGAUGAUGACUUUGAUUAUGACUUUGAUGAUAACUUAGAUGAUUACUUUGAUGAUGACUUUGAUGAUAACUCUGAUGAUGACUUAGAUGAUGACUUUAAUGAUAACUCUGAUGAUGACUUAGAUGAUGACUUUAAUGAUGACUUUGAUGAUGACUUAGGUGAUGACUCUGAUGAUGACUUAGGUGAUGACUUUGAUGGUAACUCUGAUGAUUACUUUGAUGAUGACUUAGAUAAUGACUUUCUUGUAUUAUGCAGAGGCAGCCUUAGCAGUAGGUGGAUUCCUGGGCGAGUGUCACUAGAGGGUCAUACAGGAUUCGUAACUGUAGCUUAUAUAUACCAUAUCGCAUUUCUCACUGCUCUGUUCACAUCUAAUGCAACACAUGUAGGUCUUAUCAUUGCAAUUUACUUAUUCAUAAUAGCCGUAAUACCUUAUCCGUAAUAGCUUAUUCAUUACAGCUUAUCCAUAUUUUAUCUGCAAUAGCGUAUCGGUAAUAUCCGUAAUGGCUUAUCCGCAAUAGCUUAUCCUCAAUACCUUAUCCGUAAUAGCUUAUCCUCAAUACCUUAUCCGCAAUAGCUUAUCCUCAAUACCUUAUCCGUAAUAACUUAUUUAUAACAGCUUAUCCAUAAAACUUUAUCUGUAAUAGCGUAUUCAUAAUAUGGAUGAAUGACAGUCUUCCUAUUGUUGGGGCCGCACUCUCAGACUCGAGACUCAAGGCGGUUUCC